AGUCCCGGCGGGCCCUCACGUUGCGAAGGGCCGGGCCUGCCCCGGGGAGGCGGUGGCGGUCGGCGGCGAGCGGAGCAGGUCGCGAUCGGCAGCGUCCGGCCCUCCCACUGUGAGGGGCUCCGCCGCCGCCGCCCCCCCCUCCCCACCCCCAGCUUCUGUCAAGGAGCGGUUGGGGGGAUUUAUAGGAGUAACAACGGCUCGUGAUGUCAGCCCGUGCCUAAAAUAGAGAGGGAUAGACUGCAAAUCCACGGCUCGAGGGCUAAAACCUUCCAAUCCAGCCUCAGCCAACACCGCGCCGAUGUGAAGUCGCCCCCACCUCUCGCACACACGCACACACACACGCACCCCACGGCGAGGGGAGGGGGCCGGGGAUCGCAGCCCAGGUGCCAGCGCCUCCUCGCCCCGCCGGCCACUGCUGGGCGGCCGCGGGGCAGCAGCGCCCGUCCCCGGGGCACGGAGAGCACUCGCUGGGGCGGCGGCGGCGGGCUGGGAGAGAGCCGCGGAGCGGAGCUGCCGGAUCCUCGCCCUGCGGAGCACCCAGGAUUACAAGGAAUUGCGUGCUCCUUCCCAGACGCGAGCAAGGGUUAUCCCAAAGAGCCAACCUCCUUUGCGCUCUACUAUCCAAAAUAAUCCCUUGGACUCUUGAGAAGACAGGGGGGCUUUCGGGACCAUGGCAUCGACAGAAGGGUAAAAAGCUGAGGAUGGAGAUAAGCUUUACACUCUGUCCUAAAGGUCAGCAAACUCAGGCACCGUAAGGAUCAUCAGGCAAAGUGAAUACUGACCAGACCUUGUUCAAGAAAGGCUUUCCACCAGCACCGGCACAGUGGGAAAAAGGUAGCAGAAAGUGCCCGUUGCUGCAAGCAGAGCAGUAUCUCUCAAGCACACACAGUGCCAACAAUAUGCCUAAGCAAGUAGAAGUGCGGAUGCAUGAGAGUCAUUUAAGUCCAGCGGAGCACAGAUCCAGGAACAUAUGUGUGCAGUUCUGCCAGUCGCUCCACAGGAAUCUGCUCCUGACUCUUACUGUAUUCGGUGUCAUCCUGGGUGCACUGUGUGGGGGUCUUCUUCGCCUAGCAUCACCUAUUGACCCUGAUGUCAUCAUGUUAAUAGCUUUCCCAGGAGAUAUACUUAUGAGGAUGCUAAAAAUGCUGAUCCUCCCUUUGAUUAUAUCUAGUUUAAUCACAGGACUGUCCGGUUUAGAUGCUAAAGCAAGUGGCCGAUUGGGUACAAGAGCCAUGAUCUACUACAUGUCCACCACUAUAAUUGCUGCUGUGCUGGGUGUGAUUUUAGUUUUAGCCAUCCAUCCAGGGAAUCCAAAACUCAAGAAACAGCUUGGUCAAGGGAAGAAGAAUGAUGAAGUAUCUAGUCUGGAUGCUUUCUUGGAUUUGAUCCGAAACCUGUUUCCUGAAAAUCUAGUCCAAGCAUGCUUUCAGCAGAUCCAGACUGUCACCAAGAAAGUGCUGGUGCCACCACCCAUUGAAGAACCGCCUAAUGUCACAGACUCUGCUUUUGCUAUGAUGAAUGAGACAGUGCGUGAAGCACCACCGGAAGCCCAGCUGGUCAUUAAGAAGGGACUUGAAUUUAAGGAUGGCAUGAAUGUCCUGGGUUUGAUAGGAUUCUUUAUUGCUUUUGGCAUUGCUAUGGGGAAAAUGGGAGAACAGGCCAAGAUGAUGGUGGAUUUCUUCAACAUCCUGAAUGAGAUUGUAAUGAAGUUAGUGACUAUGAUCAUGUGGUAUUCCCCUUUGGGCAUUGCUUGCCUCAUCUGUGGAAAAAUCAUUGCAAUCAAGGACUUAGAGGUAGUUGCUAGGCAACUUGGCAUGUACAUGGUCACCGUGAUUGUGGGUCUUCUCAUCCAUGGAGGGAUCUUCCUGCCUCUGCUCUACUUUGUGAUAACAAGGAAAAGUCCAUUUUCAUUCCUUGCUGGGAUUUUCCAGGCAUGGAUCACAGCACUAGGCACAGCUUCCAGUGCUGGAACAUUACCUGUCACAUUCCGGUGUCUUGAAGAAAAUCUAGGCAUUGAUAAGCGUGUAACAAGGUUCGUUCUUCCUGUUGGAGCAACUAUUAACAUGGAUGGAACUGCCCUUUAUGAAGCUGUGGCUGCCAUCUUCAUAGCACAGAUGAAUGGAAUUGAGCUGGACGGAGGCCAGAUAGUUACUGUGAGUUUGACCGCCACCCUUGCAAGUGUUGGAGCCGCCAGUAUUCCCAGCGCGGGACUUGUCACUAUGCUUCUGAUCCUUACUGCAGUGGGUCUCCCUACCCAGGACAUCAGUUUGCUUGUUGCAGUUGACUGGCUUUUGGACCGGAUGAGAACGUCAGUCAAUGUGGUGGGGGAUUCUUUUGGUGCUGGCAUUGUCUACCACCUUUCCAAGGCAGAACUUGACACCAUUGAUUCCCAUCAUAAAGGGCAUGAAGACAUUGAAAUGACCAAGACUCAGUCAGUCUAUGACGACAUGAAAAAUCAUAGGGAAAACAACUCAAACCAAUGUGUUUUUGCAGCUCACAACUCAGUCAUAGUAGAUGAGUGCAAGGUAACACUGGCAACCAAUGGCAAAUCUGCAGACUUCAGUGUUGUUGAAGAAGAGCCUUGGAAACGUGAAAACUAAGGGAAGAGAUUCCUAGCUCCAUCUUUAAUAAGCCCUGAAGCUAUCUCCUGGCAAAAGAUACCACGAUUGAAGAAGAUUUCUCUUUUUUUCUGUUUAACAUCUACAGUUCCUGCUCACUUAAUUUCUUAACUGAAACUUAGCAAAGAUCUCAUCAAGUCAUUGUAGUGUCUUUGCCAAGCAAUGAUCCAUAACCAUCUGUCUCCCUUGUGUUGCUGUUUGGAUGAUCCAGCUGGAGAAUUCUCCAUGCAGUGCAAUGUGCUCUCACCCACCUCCCCUUUCAUUCAAGACACAGAGAAUGUAAAUGCUGCAAAAUGGGAAGAUCAAAGUGCCAGUACGGUUCACUACAGGGACUCAGGGUCACAAAUACAGGAGAAAUAUAGUACUACAUAAACUUUCAAGUUUUGGUGACUCUUAUGGCAUACCUGAUCUAUUUAGCACUGUAUGGCUAAAAUAUCUUUUGAAAAUGUCCAUAAAGAUUUCUAUUUGUUGUAAUAAUAACAAGCACUGUAUUUUUGUGCCUAGCUCUACUUUAAACUGAGCUUAGAUCCAGGGACAAGAUUAAUGUAUAGAAGUCAAUAAAUUAUCCCAGACAUUUUGUUACAUCAGUACAAUUAAUACUUGCCAACAAGACAAGACCUUAGAUUUGUAUGUGCAUGGGAUGUAUUUUUAUCAGCUGUCCCAGGGCAGGUGCAGCCUUUAUUGUAUGAUGGGACUGUGCUGCUUUGUGACCACAAUGCGUCAUAUAAUACAAGACAGUAUUAUUGCAGGGGUGGUCGUUCCUUCAUUAAAUCUGUGCCUGAUGUACAAAAUACAGAAUACCGUGGGCUCAGUUAUGCCAUUCUUAAUCAAAGUAGGUAGCACCUUACUAUUCAGCCUGUCCACUGAUGUCAGAGGGCUUCCUUAUGUGGAUGGGACUAUUCAAGUAAGGCACGACUAAGAUUGAUCACGGAUGUCAUGAUUGGGUACUUGAUAAUGACUUAUAAACAAAUUCUGAAUCCAUUACUCUAAGAAAGGGAGAGUUUUUGAAUGUGAUCAUCAGUUGCAUUUGUUAUGAAGUGAAAGCCAUCUUUCAGGUAUGCGUCAUAUUUCAGAGAAUGGCUAAAUCCUGAAUUCAUUGCAAAGCCAAAUUCCAUGUAAGGUUAAUAGAAUUUAGCCAGGGUUAGGGCUGAAUGAAGAAUAAACCAGAAUUUCAGGAUUUAGAUCAGUAUAUUGAAUAUACAUCUCUCCCUCUCUCUUUCACAGAGUAACAAUUCAUAUAGCUCUCUAAUGUCAGAGAAGAGUUUCUUAGAGCACAUGGCGUCUGAAUUAAUGAGAUGGUGUUUUGUCAACAUAAUAUGGCUGACUCAUCCUGUCAGAAGAAAUUACAGUCACAAUAAUCACCUUGUGAAAUGUUUUUAAAGGUGCUUGUUAAUACUCAGCAGUUUUAAGACACUGGUGAAUGCCAUUGUACUAUUAGCAAUGUUCUGUAGCAAAGCUGAGCCGCAUGGCCUUGGGAGGCUCUACCCACAGAACAAGCUUUCUGCAUUUUUUGAGGGAGCUCUCAGAGGUUCUGAGAAUGAAGCAGAAUAUGAGCAUACGGUGAACUUUAAAGUGGAGUCGAAACAUUUACGGACAUAGGCCAUUCAGUGUCUGUGCUUAGACCUGUCAGGGGUUUAAACAGGAAUAAUGUGUUAACUGUAGAGUUUGGCUCUGUAGAAGCUAUUAAAAUAUAAAUAUAAGCUGCUUUUGCUCAUCUGCAUUCAUAUAAAUAUCUACAAAAACGCACAUAGACCUGAACCAGCCAAGGCUACUUGCAUGAUUAAUGAUGUGAAAGAUCAAGUCCGUUGUCAGAGUAUCCCUCAUUUAAGCAUUUGUUGUUCUGGAAUAUUUUUCUUGCCAUUGUAUUUUUGUCCUCACUUGCAUGCCACGGCUACAAUCCUAAGCAAAAUGGCCUAUAUAAAUUAACAAAUAUUGAACCACUGUGAAUUCUAUGGGCCUCUACCAUUUAUUAGAGGUGGAGAACAUUUCCAGAGGCCUCCUGAAGCAUCUUGAGGCUUUUUUUUUGAGGGAUGGAAUUAUAGGAUAUUCAGAGAAGUGAUAGGCAGGUUGUCUUCUCUUUUCUUCAGUAAUUGGUAUUAGCAUACCCAGAGUUAACCUAUAGCUAGCUGCUGCUUCUCCCGGUUUGCAUUCAAAGACAUUUUUACCACGGGGUUAUGUGCCAGAAAUGUGCCUGAGACGGUGUGUAGGUACUCCAAAAUGUUCCGUAUUCCGAGAAUGCUGGCUCACAUUAAGUGAAAUUUGCUGUGACUUGGUUGGUAGUUAUAUCCAAGAAUAACACACAGUGUUUACUCUGGUUUAUAUCCAGCAUUCUCGAGCUGUUUCAUGGCACAGCUCGCCCACUGAUAGGUGACUUUCCAUCCUCUUCAUUGUAGCAGUUUCUUAGGAUUAGCCACACCACUUUCUUGCCUUGAAAGUACCUUUAGAAAACUGGCCUGCACACUUUUAGCUGUCAUUUGAAACCAUUUAGCAGUUGGAAACAAAUAGGAAUGCCAGCAACAUGUGACUAGGCAGCUCCACAAAAUUACAUGUUGAGAAACACUUAGCAUAUGCUUAUACUUAUCCACUUGGGACGUACUGUCCUUUGAAGAGUGCUUCUUUGGAUGGAGACAAGGGGAGGAAGGAAUGAGAUGCUAGAGAAACCCCACCCACAUAAGGGAGAAUAAAUUUGGGUCUUUUGAUAGGACUGGAAUAGCAGACUGUGAUUUUAAAAUAGUAAUUCUGUAGAUACAGUAACUCAGGGACGAUUCACAAGAUAAUUACAAUGGUAUUUCUCUAUUUAAAUGUGGAUGUGGGAGAAGGAGAAAUGUUGGUUUUGGUGUACUCCUCUGCUUUUAGCCUGAAUGAAUAUUUAAUACAGUGUUACUCCAGCGCAGCACUAUAUUUAACCAUCAAAAAGCUUUCAGUUUCUCUGGGAAAAUUUAAGUCACUCUUGGCUUGCAUUUCUUGAUUUGCUCAUUCCACAUGAGGCUGGGUUGCUAUUUAACUAAAUAAACAGAAAAUAACCCAGGGACUGACCACUUCAGCUAAUACCAGGUUUCAGCAGGCAGCGCUGGUUACUGGCCAGUCCCUUUUUAGUUUCACCAGGAGUGUCGAUGCAUUAAUUUGUACCUGGCAAAUCUUUUGUAUUUGUUCGCAGUGCUGGGGUGGCAAAGUUAAAGGAAAAGCACAGUGGAAAGUGAUUUGUUUUCUCUGUAGUUCUAAACAAAUUAACAUUUCUUUCUACAUUCAUCUUGUUUGCUGCUCUGUCAGUUCCCCCCACCCAUGUCUGUUCAACUGUGAUAUCCUUUUCACAGCACACUAGCACGUGGAAAAGUCUAGACCAGGCAAAGACUCAGUUAAUUGCACGCUUAAUUAACUACAUGCUUAUGCAUUUGCUUUAUGCGUUUACUGCUGCAGCUAGGUCGGCAUGCUCUGAGUAUCUGUUCAUUGAAACGAAAGCUGUUCGUUAAAACUGUAGGAGAGGGUGGAGCCCUUUGCUACUGAAUGUUUCUUCAUUGCUUCCCUUAGAAGACAGAGGCUACACCAGCAUUAUAAGAAGCAUGCGUGGGUCUUAUACACGAAGGUGCUUCAAAUAGGUAGGGGAUAAGCCUUUAGAACCAUAUUAUGGGAUGUGCUCCUUCCUUUUGAAUCAGUGUGAAACUCAGUAUGUCUCUGAAAAACUGUGUUUGCUGUAGUAAAACCUGUGCUUGCAAUGCUCUGACUACAUGAAAGCCUCACUGAGAUCUAUGGGAGUCACAGGCUUCCAGGAAAGGUCAAGUCCCUUCCUGUCUCUGUCUUAUUGUGAAAUAAGACAUUUCACAAUCCUAUCCUAGGGAAUAGUCUUUGUCUACUAUUUAUAAUGACAUUGAGUCUCACAUUCAGAAGAUUUCUGCCAAGAUGCUUCUUUUUUUGCCUAAUUUUGUCUAUGCUGAAAGUCCAGCAAUGAACUUAAAACUCAGCACAAAAAUAAGGAUCACUAUCAGUAUGUUUUUUUCCAUUUCUUCCUUGAGAUACAGCUGAUCUCCAUUUCUUUCUCAAAGCACAUGGAAUUCCAAACUUUUUGCCACUUUAAAAUGAAUGAGUAAUAAAGAUUUCUGAUUUGUUUUCCAUCCUCCCAGCAUCAUUAGUUUUCCAUCAGUAGAUACUCAGAAGAGCAAACUGUUCAUCUGAGAAGCUGCAGCAACAGUGUUUGAACACAUUUAUUCUGGCAACUGCCUGGAUUUUCUUUGCUUCCUCGCCUUCCCUUGUGUUGCAGCGUUGUAGCAAUACAGCAGCAAUGGCACAAUUCCCCAAAACCACAGGCAGUAUUAAACCUCACCGCUGACAGUCACUUCUGUAAUUAUCUUUAAAAGGGCUCUGAGCAUUAGUACCACGCUAGAAGAACCCUUUUGUGAAGAUGUAAAGGUAUAACUGUUUCUCAUUUCAUUCAGUUCCAUUCGUCUAUUUUUAUUGCUGCAUUUGAAUUAAUUUACAGACAGAUAAAUAAGAGCACUUUAUAAAAAUGUACUGUAAUAUUAAUCUGUUAUGAGCCAGAAGACUAUGCUUGAUUUUAUUAUUGUGACUUCUAAGGCCACAAUUAAGAUAUUUUUCCUAUUAGUUAUUGUGGUGUAUAGUAUUAGGUGUGUAGUCCAUUGGGACAAUUCACCUCGGCUGUAAUUCACCAUAUAAGACUAUGGAGAAGCUCCUGUUCCCAGCAGAAAGCACUCUUGGGAAGAUGAGUUAUUUUCUUCUCUCCAAUCAUAUUGAUGACUCUGAAGGAAAAAUAUGUACCCAAUUUCCUUUGUCUGAAUAACGAUAUAUAGAGUGUAGCUUCAAGUACUGAAAAAAAAAAAAGAAAAAAAAAGGAAUUGCAAUACUGAAGUGUCAAAGAAGGCAGUCCAGCUGUAAACAUUGUUCAGCUUCGCCUUAUUUUUGGAAGUGUUACGUUCUUGCUCACAAUUUACCUGAAACAAUGUAUUUGAUGUAUAUUCCUUCCAAAGUCAUUGAUCUUUCUUCCCACAUAGACACCAAGGCUGUGUGUCUCCGUGGUCCUCAGACAAAGCGCGGACUCUGCAGUUCUGCAUACCUAAGGCAGGAUUCCCAAUAAAGUCCCCAGCAAUAGUGCCUGGGAACAGACUGCACAAUGGGUGCCUCCCUCAUUUUUUCCUCCUAAUGAUGUUUGAUGUUAAAUUGAAAUCUGCUGCUAUGAAUGAGUCAGACCGUUGCUGAUGCUCAGGUGCUGGUAAUUCUUAUAUGAGUGGGCUCCCUGGCACAAGGCUCUGAGGAACCAUCCCUCGCACGUGCCCACCAUCCCAGAAACACCUUCCCCCUGCUCAGGGGCAGCCUGGUGACUUCCCACUACUGAGUUUAUACAACUGCUAACAGAUAAGAUGGUUGUGCACUUGCAACUAUGAGUUUUACGGAAAACACAGGCUCCAAACAUUGAAAAAACCUAGAACAUAUGACUGAGGCACUGAGUAGGUCUCUACUACUGCAGGAUGGAGAUAAACAACACGUAGGCUAAUGUAGGAUUUGGGAAGGCAAGAAGGUUUGUGAGAUUUCUCACUUCAUCCAACUGUUUCUCCCCUUUUGCUUCUAACUACAUUCUGCUGCAGAGCCAAUGCUGAUCAAUGCCAGCGUCCAAUCCUUCUAGUCUCAUUUUUCAAAAUUCAGGAGUUCUGUAAUUGUUUUUAAUGAUGCUCUGUGCUGCACACCAUUACACAAAGGGAAACUGUCAUAGGCAGCAUCACACAUCCUGGAUUGCCUGGUACCUGUAUAUUGCUUUCUACAUGAAUAGUAUAGUUUGCAGGGAUUUUUGUAUCAUUAUUUUCUAAUUUUUUUUCUACAGUUUUUCAAAGACUGUAUGCAAACUGUGUUUACAAAUUGAUUUUGCAGUCAGUAUUGUAGAUUUUAGGCUUGUGAGUUCUUGUGUACUACAGGUUGUCCUUCCUUCUUAAAGACAAUUGCAUACACUUCCAUCCAAUGUAUCCUGCUCCUUUCUUAAAUAUAUCCCAUUUCCUAUGAUCUGGUGUGAAUUCUAGCUUGUAGAAUGCACGAGGACAAAGCUGCAUAUGUAUUUGUAUUGUUAAACAUUAUAUGCUCAAUACUGAUUUAGUCAUUAAUACAGGUUUUAGGGAUUUGUACUUGUUCUCUGGAAACUACAGUGUAGACUGAACUAAAUUACCUCGUGCCUGUAAUUUACAGACACACUAAUAUUUUCUUAUACUUUUUUCUAUAUGACCAUACAAGGUAGGGGGAUAAUCCAUUAAUGAUGACCUGUACCUUAGAACAAAACCAGCUUUCUUAUAACAUUUAGGAUUGAUGAAAUAUUUUUGUGUUUAGUGAUGAAUUAUAAACAAAGCACAAAACGUGAGAAGCAAAUAGGAGUUUCAAGAUGUCCUUAAAUGCUGCAGUUCAUUAUGGAACAGUGUUAUAAUAAUCUGAACAAUCUUCUAGAUUGACUGUCUUGGACAAUCGUCCCUCAUUUUUCCUGGUGUUACCUUUGCCAAAUCCUGCAGUUCUUUUUUAGGAUCGGAUCACGCAUAAUUGACUGACUCAGAAUAGAGCUUAUAGAAAACUGGAGAUCUGGGUAGGCAAAAAAAUAUGUUAUCAGGUACCCAGUCUGCCUUGCUACAAUACAGCGUAUGUGAGUUCAGCCUGUGGAAAGAGUUCAUGAUUUGGCCACCUACCUUUGCCUUCUUGAAAAGGGACCAACCACCAUGGGACCAGUGUAAUUGGGUAGCAUCCUCCUGCUUUUUAUGUGUUUUGAGGAGAACAACCACUAUAUUUUUUGACCUGGACAAGUGAGACCUGCUUCUCUAUUAUGGUCAUCUGUUCAUCACUGGGCAAAUACCCGUUGGCAUUAAGGCUGUGGUUAUAAUAAUUUCUAUUUAAUUAACAAGGAACUGUUUUUAGAGGAAUAAAAAUAAAUUAAUAUAAAUAUUCAUAACUAUUACAUCACAAAAAAUCUUUUAUGUCCUACUAGCUCUUUGACUGUGAUUCAAAACAUUGAAUAUCAAGUAGUGCUGUCCCAGUGUGACUGAGUAUCUCUUCAACUAUUCAGAAAUCUAUGGGGCCAUGUUAUUCUGCUGAGGUUUUGGAGAAUAAAUUUCUAGUAGAUAUACAUGUAGGAAGUGUUGAUAUAUCCUUGUAUUUUAAUCUCUUUUUUUUGUAUUUUAAAUCAGAUGUACCAGGUAUUAUCUUAAUAGGAACCACAGGUAGAAUAGUGCUGAGUUACUAAUAGCUGUAAAACCUUCUUGAUACUAGUUUUGACAAUUUAUUGAAGCAUGAUGUCCAGUGCCUCUCUGCACUUAGUGUAGAUAACGUAGCUAUCAACAUUUUCAACAAUUUCAGUGAAAUGGUGUAUACAGUAUGUGUAGCAGUGCUUUAAUUUAAUUGAAUUGCUUUCUGUGUAUUGAGCCAUAGUAGAAAACUAGACUGUCUUUUAAAGUUCUGUUCUACUUUCUGUUUUUCAUUUGUAUCUGGAUUUGUUUCCUUUUGGCCAUUCAACUGAUUAGGUUCCACAGCGUAGUAACCGCUUUAUCUGUCUGUUACGGAGUAUCCUGUUCUGAUAACAGUCAGAAUCAUGUAUGCAGCCAGCUUCUUGUAAAUAUGUUAUUUUUAGUUUUCAGCUAUCUAACCAGUGUGGUAUGUGUUAGUACCUGCAUGUGCAUAGUUCCCUGGCAGUGAGUGAAAGCGAUCCCAGCAUAGAUUUGCUGCCUUGUGAAUGCAGUUGUUAUGACAUUAAGAAUUAAUGUUCACCUAGAAUGAUUAGUUUCUGGUUUGUUUUAUUCUUGUCUGCUUGAAAUGUUGGAACGCUCUAUCACCAGAAGUUUAGUACGUCACUGUUUAAAUUGGCAAAAUGAAUAAGGGGAAAUCGAUCUAACUUCAUUCCCGCUAAAUGCCGCGGCUGCUUUUGACACUUCGUGCACCGUGUACCAUUCAGCCUUUAGUCACGUCAUGGCAUCGGGGGAUAUCUCUGAGUCACUUCCAGUUCCUCCUUGCCACAGACGCCAGCAAAGUGCAGUCACAGGGCUGUGACUGGGCAAGGCUGCAGGCAGCAGGGGGCUGCCAGUUCUCUACAGAGUGCCCGAGAAGUCAAAGUAGGAACCUCUGCUUCAUCCCUUUGGCAGGAACAGUCUCUGAGAAAGAUGAAUACGCUGCUGGUAUGCUGUUUCUUUCAUUGGUAAAAAAGGGUCUUAAUAGUUCGUGGAAAUUAAAUGCAAAGCUAAAUGUUUCUUGAGCGACUGUAGUUGUUGCACAGGCCUGUAAUUUACAUAAAGCAUGUCUGAUCAUGAAACAAACAUAUGAACUGUAUAGUCAGUGACAAAAAUCUGAAAUCAGGGCUACAGUUCAGCUCUGUGAGAAAAUAAGACCUUUCUGGGGCAAAACCUGAAGGUGGUUCUCAAAGAGCUCGGGGCAGCAAGAAGCAGCUGAUUCAUUCCUAAAUACCCUGGGCCUGGAUCUCAUAAAUAUAAUCCUCCCGUGUAAGCUGAAAGAGAUCAAAAUCAGGUCCCAAAGCCCAGGACGUAUCCUGCUUAGUGAGCCCCAUUACGACCCCUCAGUAUGAAUUGCACACUACAGUACUGUGCGCUGCUUAUCCACCAGCCCUUGCCCCCUCUUGAAAGCGACCAGGCACGAGCUGGAUUGUUUUGACAUGUUUCGUGUAAAAAGAAUAAAAAGGAAGAGGGAUAAGGUUGGUCUUUUCCUUACACUCAAAAAGUUCCGCAAUUUUGAAAUGACAGACUGUACAGUAUCUAUAGCACAGUUUGUUUCAAAACUAGUGAAUGCAGAUGAUAAAAUGUCUCCCAACUCUGGGCUCUGUUCUUGUAUAUGUUAGUUGGAAUGCCUCGAAAACUGAGUCUGUUUUUGUAGUUCAGAUCCUUUCCUCUUUAAAACGAUUGGUAGUCAUUUGUUUUUAAUGCUUUCUUACAGUGUGAACAGAUUUUUGUAACUUUCAUGUAUAAAACAAGCUAGACAUUCUUUCUAUGCUGGAAAUAGUCGUGAAUAUAAUAUUUCACUAAGUGUUGUACCUCUUAUGUACAUAUCAUCAAUAAAUGUUGAUUCAUAAUUUUCA